AGGUAUUCAGAUUUUAUUGUUCAUGAAAUUAAUUUGGAUGGGAAUGUUGUUCACCUGACUAAUAUUUCAUUUAAAGAAGAUGCAGAGGUCGAUGAAGAUGGGGCUUGUUUGUUCACAGAGGAACAAUUGGACGUUCUCAAACGUUUAUCAGGGUCUCCUAAGGAAUCAACUGAAAAAUUUAUUGUUCAAGUAAAAGAUGACAAAGAAGUUCGAACAAAGAUGCAUAAUUAUAUAAGAAAUCAUUUUCCUAAAUUAUCCAGUGAAACAACAUCAAUGAAUAAUGAAAAAAACAUUAUUGUCACUGUUGGGGGAAAUAAAAGAGAUAACUCCAAAAAUCAUUUUAGAGAUUAUUGCAAGUUUGUUCUGUACAAAGAGAAUAAGAGUACUAUGGAAGCCAUUCAGUACAUAUCAACUAUCUUGAGAGUGAAUCAUUCUUUAUUUUCUUUUGCUGGGACCAAGGACAAGAGAGCAAUAACAACUCAAGAAGUUACAGCUUACGGAGUUCAUCCUAGAAAACUUGCUGGACUCAACAAAUGUUUGAAGAAUGUUACACUUGGAGAUUUUAGAACCUCCAAAACGCCAUUGAAAUUGGGGGAUUUGAAAGGGAAUCAUUUUGAAAUAAUUAUUAGAAAUCUUGAUGGUGCGAAUGUAUGCAUUGAAAACUCAUUGUCAAUGUUGAAGCGCAAUGGUUUCAUCAACUACUUUGGCAUGCAACGGUUUGGAGCAACAGAAGUAUGCAAUUCUCGUGUUGGAAAAUGUUUAAUACAAAGUGAUUGGAUCACAGCAAUUGAACUAAUUUUAAAACCACGCAAUGAAGAAAAUGAUUUGAUAAUGGAAUGCAGGAAAACGUGGCACGAAACCCACGACCCUUCAAAAGCCUUACAAGCUCUUAAAAACUUUUCAUGUAUUGAAAGGAAACUUCUCGAAGGUUUAUGCAGACACACUCCAAAAAAUUCUGUUGCAGCUUUGUCAUAUAUUCCAAGAAACAUGAGGCUGAUGUAUCUACAUGCCUAUCAAAGUCUCAUAUGGAAUAAAAUUGUUUCAAAAAGAUUUCAGACGCUCAAAUCAGAAGUUCUGAUUGGCGAUUUGUUUCAAUCUUCUGAUGACAAAUCCGUUUCUGUGGUGUCAGAAGAAAACAUUGGUUACGUCAAAUUAACAGACGUCGUCUUGCCGCUUCCUGGUUUCGAUGUGAAAUAUCCUGAUAACGAAAUUAAAAUUUGGUACGAUGAACUUCUUUCUUCCGAUGGUCUUCACGUCAAUAGUUUCAACCAUAAAAUCAGAGAUUAUUCGCUAUCUGGGAGUUACCGAAAGAUAAUCGUAAUUCCCGACGUUUGCAACUGGCGCAUUCUAAAUUACCAAAAUGCGGAGAAUUCGCUAAUAAUUACGGAUAAAGAUGUAAUGGAAGGAUUCUCUAGUUCCGUUGAGAACGAAGGUGUUAACAAAGCUUUAAAGCUCGAGUUGAGUUUGCCAGCGUCAUCUUAUGCAACGAUGGCAAUUAGAGAAAUAACUAAACAAGACACUUCUUCUGCUAAUCAGACUCUUCUAACUAGAAAUUUGGAUGAAUUUAAUAAAUGA